AGCUGUAGUUCAGCCCAUUCAACUCCUCAUUGUUCAGGCAGCCUAAGAAACAUCAACUGGAGAAGCCAGUUUGACUUUGCUGAGCAAUGCCCUAAAUGGUCCCAUUUCAUUCCCCAGCACUCAGAAAAUAAGCUAAACUCCCCUUACCCUGGGCUGGCAAUGCUCAUUUAGUUGGAAUCUGCAGAGAUGUUUCCUUGUAGAACACUGUGCCUACAGUAUCUGCUCUUACUGCUUCUUGUUCAGCUUCUUAUUCAAAAUUCCUGUGGAGUAGCAGAGCCAGAGACACCAUAUAUUCCGGAUGGAGCUUCCACUUUGGCGUUUGUUUUUGAUGUUACCGGAUCCAUGUACGACGACUUGGUUCAAGUGAUUGAAGGCGCAUCGAAGAUUUUAGAGACAUCUUUGAACAGACCAAAGAAACCGCUUUAUAAUUUUGCCUUGGUGCCUUUCCAUGAUCCAGAAAUUGGCCCAGUUACAAUCACAACGGAUCCGGAAAAAUUUCAAAAUGAACUCAAAGAACUGUAUGUACAGGGUGGUGGUGACUGUCCAGAGAUGAGUGUUGGAGCUAUUAAAAUUGCCUUGGAAAUCUCGCUUCCCGGAUCUUUCGUUUACGUGUUUACUGAUGCAAGGUCCAAGGAUUACCAGCUAACUAAUGAAGUCCUACAGCUGAUUCAGCAGAAGCAGUCCCAGGUGGUGUUUGUGCUGACAGGAGAUUGUGAUGACAGAAGUCACCAUGGUUAUAAAGUAUAUGAGGAGAUUGCAUCAACCAGCUCCGGGCAAGUGUUCCAUCUAGACAAGAAGCAGGUUAAUGAGGUUUUAAAAUGGGUGGAAGAAGCUGUUCAAGCUUCAAAAGUUCACCUGAUUUCCACUGACCAUUCUGGUGGUGCAUCUCACACCUGGGAAAUCCCAUUUGAUCCCAGCCUUAAAGAGGUAACAGUGUCAUUAAGUGGUCCCUCCCCAGGGAUUGAACUCUAUGAUCCAUCAGGAAAAAGAAUGACACCAGAAACAGGUCUCAAUGAACUGCUCAAUAUAUUUAAUUCUGCUAAAGUGAUUAAUAUGAAAGAACCAGUGCCUGGAAUGUGGAAAAUAAAGACAUCGAGCAACGGUCGCCAUUCUGUUAGAAUGACUGGCGUCAGUACCAUUGAUUUCCGAGUAGGAUUUUCCAACAAACCAACACUAGACUUCAGUAAAACCUCCAGCAGACCUAUACAAGGGAUACCCACAUAUGUACUUUUGAAUACAAAAGGCCUCAGUUACCCUGCUAAAGUUGAACGCCUUGAGCUGCUGACUACCUCAGGAAGUCUACUGAAGACUCUUCCUAUAAAGUAUUACCCAGAUCGUACACCAUAUGAGAUAUGGAAUGUAACUGAGUUUGUUCCUCCAAAUGAAGCUUUUUUCAUUAAAAUAAUCGGUUAUGAUAAGGAUGAUUAUCUUUUCCAAAGAGUAUCCAGUGUUUCAUUUUCAAAUAUUAUUCCAGGUGCUCCAAAAGUAUCAAUGCCAAAAAUAACACCGGGCUACUACUUGCAGUCUGGCAGUGUCCCAUGCUUUGUGGAGAGUCUUAUACCAGUAACAGUGCGUUUUAGCAAAAAUGGAGUCAAGCUUGGUACUGACCAAAAGUUUAGAGAGUCUGUUAAUGCAAGCUGGGAGAUUGCCAAUGUUUCUGUGUCGGAUGAGGGCUACUAUGAUUGCUAUGCUUCAAGCAGUGCAGGGAAUGCCCGGGCUCAGACUUUCUUAGAUGUAAAUGAACCCCCACCUGUAAUUAAGGCCCCUUCCAAUAUCACUGUCACUGUUGGUAAAGGGGCCAUCUUGACCUGCGACGUAGUGAGCACAGUUCGCUUUAAUUUGACAUGGCUGAGAAACAACUUAGAUUUGAAGCAUAUGAACCCCUCCAAGCUUUCUAUACUGAGAAAUAAUUCACUGGAGAUAAAAAGUGUGACUAUAGAUGACGGAGGAGAAUACAACUGCUUUGCAUCAAAUGAAGGUGGCACUGCUACAGCAUCAGUUACUCUCAUAGCUCAAGAUCCUCCAAAGGCAGUUUUAGAGCCAAGAAAUGUGACUUUUACUAAAGGAGCAGAGAUUAAGCUGAAAUGUUUGGUGACUGGCUAUCCAACGCCGCAUAUCAUUUGGAUGCACAAUGACAUGUUUGUUAGAUUCUCCAACAGGUAUAUAAUAACACACAAUGGUACUUUUAUUAUUAAAAAUGCUGUUGAGAGAGACUCUGGGGUGUACAAGUGUUUGGCUACAAAUGCUGCUGGUACAGAUCAUCAGACUUCAGUUAUGGUGUAUAUUGAGGUCCCACAAGUCACUGCUGUAAAAAAUGAAAUGUUGGUCCCAGUUGGAUCUGAAACAACCUUGGCGUGCAAAGCAACAGGAAUUCCCAGACCUCUUAUCUAUUGGUAUAAAGAAAAUAUCAAGUUAAGCCCAUCAGCACUUAUUACUAUUGAUUCUCUGCUGGGGACCCUGAAAAUUAAAAACACCCAGUUUUCAGAUGCUGGCCAUUAUGUUUGCAUUGCUGUCAAUGAUGCCGGGAAAGCAAAUGGAAAAGUCUCACUUAGAGUUGGCUCACCCCCUGUAUUUACUCAGACACCAGGGGAUGUAUCGAUGGAUAUUGGAUCUGAUGUGUCACUGACUUGUUCAGCUGAGGGAAUCCCAGAGCCAAAGAUAAAAUGGAGAAGACUGAAUCACACAUCAGAAUCUUCCAAACCACUCUCCUAUCAGUACAACAGUCAACAGAAAGCUGGAACUCUACAGAUUAACAAGCUUUGGGUUGGAGAUGAAGGCAUCUAUAUAUGUGAGGCUGAGAAUCAGUUUGGUAAAAUCAGUUCCCAGGCAACUAUUACAGUAACAGGACUAGUUGUUCCUGUCAUUGGAGAGAGUCCCUCUGUUGUCAGUGUUAUUGAAGGAAACCAGGUUACUCUGCCUUGUGUUCUUCUAGUAGGAAACCCUCUUCCAGAGAGGCACUGGGUCAAAGACAAUGUUGUGCUUGUUACAAACCCGUAUACGAGCAUUCGUGCUGAUGGAAGCCUUCACCUUGAAAGAGUUCUCUUAAAAGAUGGGGGAGAUUAUUUAUGUACAGCAAAAAAUGUCGCUGGCACAGCUGACCGGAUUACCACCAUCAAUGUACAUGUUAGUCCUGUCAUUCAACAUGGACCUCAGAUUUUCAGUACAAUUGAAGGAAUAGCAGUGUCUCUGCCCUGCAAAGCAAGUGGAGUGCCCAAACCAACUAUUAUCUGGAAGAAGAAAGGAGAGAUUGUUGUUCCCAACAAUGACACCAUUAUCGCUGAAUCGGAUGGUACUUUGCUCCUUUCUUCCCCUGGAGGCGAAGAUUCAGGAGAAUACUCCUGCAGUGCAAUCAAUGCUGCUGGUUAUGCUGCCCGCAAAGUUCAACUAACAGUAUAUGUUAAGCCAAGGAUUGUGAGCCCUGACGCAAAUGGAAGCUCCAUAGCCCAGAAAAAUCAGAUUGAAAUAUCAGUGAGAGCAGGAGAUGAUGUGAUCCUCCCAUGUGAAGUAAAGAGUGUUCCUCCCCCAUUUAUUACAUGGGCUAAAGAGACACAGCUGAUAUCUCCAUUUUCUCAGAGGCACAGUAUUUUCCCAUCUGGGUCACUGAAGAUAUUUGAAACCAGAGUAUCGGAUGCAGGAAUGUAUACAUGUGUAGGCACCAACAUAGCUGGAAAUAUCACUCAGUUAGUAAAACUCAGUGUCUAUGUGCCUCCUAAAAUCCAACGUGGUCCUAAACUUAUUAGAGUAAAACUGGGUCACAGCUUUGAAAUUGCCUGUAUAAGUCAUGGGAUACCGCCUCCCACAGCAGCCUGGUAUAAAGAUGGACAAAUAAUGGAGUUUGAUCAAGGGCAAGACAACAAUAUGUUAAGAGUUGAAAGUGCCAAGCCUUCUGAUGGAGGAACUUACACUUGCGUUGCUAGUAACGUCAUUGGCACGGAUAGUGCAAAUGCUACUGUGGAGAUUUACGCUCCUCCCACUCUGUCAGAUUUGGAGCCCCCUUACAACAAACAAAAUCAAGAGAGAAUUUCAAGGCAACAGAUAUCUUUCCCGUGCCCAGUAAAAGGCCACCCCAAACCAGUCAUUAAAUGGUUCAGAAAUGGCAAGGAGUUAACUGGAUCUGAACCUGGAGUGAAUAUUGUGGAGGACAGGGCCGUCCUCGUUAUUGAUUCCUUGACCCCAUAUGAUAAUGGAGAGUACACAUGUGUGGCAAGCAAUGAAGCAGGACAGACAGAAAAGAAAUACAGUUUAAAAGUCCAUGACCCCCCUCUCAUUAAAGACAUGGAUAUAAUUAGUAAUGUAUCUGUGUUACUGCAUCAAACUAUGAGCUUACUGUGUGAAGCCUCAGGGAGCCCACCGCCACUUAUUACCUGGUACAAAGGCAGAACUCAGGUUGAUGAAAGUGCUACUGUGCAAAUUUUGGAAAAAGGAAAAAUACUGAAAAUUCUUAAAAUGGCCCUGAAGGAUUCUGGACAUUAUACGUGCAAAGCCAAUAAUAUUGCUGGGGAAUCCAAAAAGCAGUACUUUGUGAAUGUUCUUGAUCCCCCCACAAUUGCUGGUGUUGGAACAAUCAGUGAUGUCUCUGUUAUUGCUGGCAGAGAAGUAAACUUGGAGUGUAAAGUGAAAGGAAUCCCAUUCCCUUCUAUUCAGUGGUUUAAGGAAAACAGGCUUCUGUCUACAGAGGAUCCUAAUGUGGUUAUGUUGGAAAAUGGUCAGGUCCUUCAUAUAAAACAUUCACGUCUAAGCGACAGUGGGAAGUACAAAUGCAUAGCGGCCAAUACAGCUGGUUCACAAACCAAAGAGAUUAAACUGACAGUUUAUAUUGCACCUACCAUAAAAGAUGGAAACAGUACAACAGACUUAUCCUUUACUGUGAAUGGGGAAAUCAACCUGGAAUGUGAUGCUAGGGGUAUCCCACCCCCUACAAUAAUAUGGUACAAAGAUGGAGAACCCCUUCUACCAAGCCCAUACGUCACUUACAUUCAGAAGGGGAAAUAUCUACGUAUAACUGAGUCUCAGAUCACAGAUGGCGGCACAUAUACUUGCUCUGUGACAAAUGUUGCAGGACAAACUGAGAAGAACUACUCUGUUGAUAUUUAUGUUCCAGCUAGAAUUCACGGAGAUGAGAAAAAACAUCAAAAUAAAAAAGUGAUUGUUGGGAAAUCCCUUACACUUGAGUGUGAAGCCACUGGCCACCCACCACCUUUAAUAACAUGGUUAAAAGACGGAGUUCCUGUAGAGACAAAUGACAAUAUCCGCCUUCAUUAUAAUGGGAAAAAACUAGAGAUAAGAAAUACAGUAGAGUAUGACCGGGGGUUAUACACGUGUGUGGCUGUCAAUGUAGCAGGGGAAACAGAAAUGAAAUACAAAGUGUCAGUCUUGGUUCCUCCAUCCAUAGAAGGUGGUAAUGAUCCAGCAGAUCACACAGUGAUUGCUUCUGGUGCAGUAGAAUUGGAAUGCUUGGCCAGUGGAACACCUCUCCCAUCUGUAAUGUGGCUCAAAAAUGGGACACCAGUUGACACGAGUGGUCGCCUAAUUAUACAGUCUAACGGACAUAAACUUCUUAUUUCAAGUACCGAAUCAUCGGACAGUGGGAAUUACCAGUGUGUGGUAAAAAAUGAAGCAGGAUCCAGUACCAAGCAGUUUAAUGUUGUAGUUCAUGUUCGUCCAACAAUCAAACCAGUGGCAUCUCCAGUAUCGAUACUAAUGCACAAAGCCACAACCUUGCAGUGCAUUGCCAGCGGUAUUCCUAACCCCCAUAUCACUUGGCUAAAAGAUGGGCUUCCUUUUAAUGUGGCCAAAGCAAACAUUAAAAUGGAAUCCUUUGGCCGCAGUUUACAGUUUAAGAAAACCCUACUGGAAGAUGCUGGGAAAUAUACCUGUGUAGCAACCAACGCUGCUGGGGAAGCUGAACAAACCAUUUGGCUAAAUGUUUAUGAACCUCCUAAAAUUGAGAAUUCUGGGGAAUUGAUCCAGGAAACCGUCCUUGCCAAUCAUAAUAUCAUACUAGAAUGCAAAGCAACAGGAAAUCCUGACCCAGUUGUUACAUGGUUUAAGGAUAAUCAGCAACUGACAAAUACUGGUGACAUCUCCGUGUCAGACAGAGGACAAGUGCUUCAGAUAUCUGGUGCCCAGGUGUUUCAUGCCGGCACCUAUAAAUGUGUAGCUGCCAGCAUAGCAGGAAGAGCAGAGCUUUCUUACAACCUUCAGGUUCACGUUCCUCCAUCCAUAUCUGGUAGAAGUUCCAGCAUAACUGUUAUAGUUAAUAACGUGGUCAGGCUAGAGUGUGAAGCCACAGGUUUUCCUGCACCAAGUUUAACAUGGUUAAAAGAUGGCAGCCCUGUAUCCAGUUUCACUAAUGGAAUUCAGAUCCUCUCUGGUGGCCGCGUUCUUGCAUUAACCAAUGCACAGGUAGGAGACGCAGGGAAAUACACGUGUGUGGCGGUAAAUGCAGCAGGAGAACAGCAAACUGAUUAUGACUUAUCUGUGUACGUGCCGCCUAAUAUCAUGGGAGAAGAACAGAAUAUAUCAUCAUUAAUUAGUGAAACACUCAUUUUAAAAUGUGAGAGCGAUGCCAUCCCGCCUCCGGUGCUGACAUGGUACAAAGACUGGAAACCGCUUGUAAACAGGCCAGGCUUGACUAUUUCAGAAGAUGGCAGCAUCCUCAAAAUUGAAGGUGCUCAGGUAAAAGACACGGGGCGUUAUUCUUGUGAGGCUGUCAACAUCGCGGGAAAAACAGAAAAAAACUUCAAUGUAAAUAUUAUGGUGCCUCCUGCAAUCCGAGGUUCAGCUGAAGAGUCAGAGGUCAAUAUCAUCGAGGGAACUCUUAUCAGCCUCCUUUGUGAUUCUACUGGGAUCCCUCCGCCUGCACUCGCUUGGAAGAAAAAUGAUGUUGCCAUUCAGUCUGGGGCUGCAGGGCACAUUCGCUUGCUUUCCGGAGGUCGACAGCUCCAGAUAAUAACUGCUAGGAAAUCUGAUGCAGCCUCAUACACAUGCACAGCCUCUAACAGUGUAGGGAGCGCAAUGAAGAAGUAUACUGUGAAAGUUUAUGUUCGACCUAGCAUUUCUGAAAGUGGCAAUCAUCCUUCAGAGAUUGUGGUAAUCCAAGGCAAUAAUGUGACUUUAGAGUGUGAUGCCAGGGGAGAUCCACAACCGAUGCUGACCUGGCUGAAGGAAGGCAUUCCUCUUAUUAGUGGGAACGGAUUCGAAAUCAGCAGCAAUGGGAGACUCCUACAUCUACAAAAGGCACAAAUAUCUAAUGCUGGGCUUUAUGUAUGUGUGGCUGUGAAUGUGGCCGGUCAGUCAGACAGAAAGUAUGACUUAAAGGUUUUUGUUCCCCCGGCAUUUCCAGACGGCAUCAUGAAACAUGAAAAUAUAAGCAUUGUGGAGAAAAAUCCUUUUACUCUAACUUGUGAAGUAUCAGGAAUCCCUCCACCCAAAGUCACCUGGUACAAAGAUGGCAAUCCUAUCCCCCCCAGCCGCUCUCCUCAAAUUAUGUCAGGAGGCUUCCUCUUGCGCUUCUCACAAUCUUCGCUCUCCGAUACCGGGAGAUACACCUGUGCCGUAUCCAAUGCUGCUGGUGAAGACAUGAGAAAGUUUGAUGUAAAUGUACUAGUUCCCCCAAAGAUUACUGGCAGUGUCCAGGAAGAGAUUAAAGUGAAGGAGAGAGGCAAUAUUACACUGUCUUGCGAAGCAACAGGGACACCAAUACCACAGAUAACUUGGCUGAAGGAUGGACACCCUGUCCUGGAGGACACAAAUCAUCGUAUUGACCACAAACGACAACUUCUGCGAAUUAGUAAUGUCAUGAUGACAGACAGUGGAAGAUAUGUAUGUGUUGCUUCCAAUCCAGCAGGAGAAAGGAGUAGGAGUUUCAGCCUUGGGGUGUUGAUCUCUCCUACAAUCAAGGGUGCCAUAAAUGGAUCUCCAGAAGAUGUAAAAGUGGUUCUGCUCAGCUCUAUAUCCUUGGAAUGUGAAGUUCAUUCUCAUCCUCCUGCUACAAUCACUUGGCACAAAGAUGGACGCCUAUUUAAAUUUAAAGAUAAUGUCAGAAUUUUACCAGGUGGUCGAACUCUGCAGAUUCUAAAAGCUCAAGAAAAAGAUGCAGGAAGAUACAGCUGUAUUGCCACUAAUGAAGCAGGGGAAGGAACGCACCACUAUAACCUCAAUGUUCACAUUCCACCUAAAAUUCGAAAAGAUGACAUUUCGGAAUUCGGUGGGUUUUCUAAGGAAAUCAAAGCCAUUGUAAACACAAACUUCACUCUUGUAUGUGACGUGAAAGCAAAUCCCUUGGCAAAAAUAACUUGGUAUAAAGAUGGACAGCCACUUGAGCCAGACAGCCAUCUAGCAAUAGUCAGUGGAAAUACGCUGUAUGUAGAGAAAGCACAAGUAUCUGACACUGGUCGAUAUACCUGCCUGGCUUCCAAUAUUGCUGGAGAAGAUGAACUGGAUUUUGAUGUCACUAUACAAGUGCCUCCAAACUUCCCCAAAUUAUCUGGCCUCUGGACAACCAGUAAAAGCAGCACAGGAAGCAGCAAUGGAGAACACAAAGAAGUUAUUAUCAACAACCCAUUUUCUCUGUACUGUGAGACGAAUGCGGUGCCACCACCUACCAUCACUUGGUACAAGGACGACAAACUUCUAACCCCCAGUAACAGAGCUUUCAUCCUGCCAGGAGGACACAUACUGCAGAUUGCAAGAGCCCAGGAGGAUGAUGCUGGAACAUAUACUUGUGUGGCAGUCAAUGAGGCAGGAAGAGACUCCAUGCAUUAUAAUGUUCGUGUACUUUUGCCACCAGCUUUUGAGGGUUCCGAUGAAGAUCUGUCUAAAGAUAUAACAUCUCUUGUAAAUGAAACCCUAGAAAUGGACUGCACAGUGGCAGUGACGGGUAGCCCUGCUCCAACAAUAUCCUGGCUCAAAGAUGGGCAUCCCAUCCAGGAAGGAACACGCUACCAUUUCUUAACAAAUGGAAGAACUCUCAAGAUUCUAUACGCUCAGUUAAUGGAUACUGGCCGAUAUGUCUGUGUUGUUGAAAAUCCAGCAGGAAGUGUGCAGAAAUCCUUUAAUCUAAACAUUUACGUGCCUCCCAGUGUUAUUGGCAGUAACUCAGAGAAUGUGACAGUGGUAGAAAGCAAUUUCAUCUCCCUGACCUGUGAGGUGACUGGUUUCCCACCUCCGGCAGUUAGCUGGCUUAAAGACACAAUGGUCCUCAACUCUGACAGCCAUCUGUUUAUUGUACCGGGGGGAAGAACACUGCAGAUACCUCAAACCAGGCUGUCAGAUGUUGGGGAAUAUUCCUGUAUUGCCAUAAAUCAAGCUGGGGAAGCCAAAAAAACAUUUUUUCUGGACAUUUAUGCACCACCAAGCAUUGUGGCUAAUGUAAGAGACUCCAGUACAGAAGUAAACGUUAAAGUAAAUGCAUCCACUAUUUUGGAGUGUGAAUCAAAUGCCAUCCCUGCUCCUGUCAUUAACUGGUACAAGAAUGGACAGCCAAUUAGAGAGACAUCUAGUUAUCAGUUCUUGGAAGGAGGGCAGAGAUUAAAUAUUAGGAAUGCUCAGGUUUUUGAUACAGGAGAAUACGAGUGCAUUGUGACUAAUGUAGUUGGACAGGAUAAUAAGAAGUUCUUUCUAAAUGUCUAUGUGCAUCCUAGCAUACAGGGUCUGCAAAAUGAAUAUCACAAUGGAAUUAUACAGAACUCUGUUACCUUUUCCUGUGAUGCUUAUGGAAUCCCAGUACCAACAUUAAGAUGGCUGAAGGAUGGACAUCCAAUAGGCCUCACUGAUUCUCUGGAAAUUCAAAUUCUUUCUGGUGGAAGCAAGAUGAAAAUUGCCAGAGCACAGCUUACCGACGGUGGAACAUACACAUGCCUUGCAUCAAAUGUGGAAGGCACUGCUGAAAAAACCUACAUCCUAACCAUUCAAGUUCCUCCAAGCAUUGAUGGAUCUGGAAUGACAAAUGAGCUCAAUGUUUUACCUGGAGAAAUUAUACAGCUGAUAUGCAAUGCCAAAGGAAUUCCAACUCCAGUUAUUCACUGGCUAAAGGAUGGAAAACACAUCACCAGUGAGGAUUAUUUGGGAAUCAACAUAACUUCAGAUGGAGAAAUCCUAACAAUUUCAAAGACGCAGACAUCUGAUAUGGGAAAAUACACCUGUGUGGCUACAAAUCCUGCAGGAGAAGAUGACAGAAUAUAUAAUGUAAAUGUAUUUGUUGCUCCUAAGAUUGAUGACAACAAAGGGACACCAGUGGUACUGACAGCAGUUCUGGACACUUCAAUAAAUGUGGAAUGCCAUGCAUCUGGGUUCCCCACACCUCAGAUCAACUGGCUGAAAAAUGGUCUUCCACUUCCAGUUUCUUCCCAAGUAAGACUUCAGUCUGGUGGACAGGUGCUCAGGAUUUCAAGGGUCCAGAAAUCUGAUGGUGCUACCUAUACUUGUAUAGCUUCAAACAGAGCAGGUGUGGACAAAAAGGAUUACAACAUACAGGUCUACGUUUCACCAAGUUUGGAUGAAGCAGACGUCACACAGCAGAUAACAGUCAUAAGGGAUGAUCCUGUUGUUAUGAGAUGCAUUGCUAAUGGAGUACCUGCACCGCGCAUUUCAUGGCUUAAGGAUGGGAGACAAUUGGGUGAUGAAUAUCUACCAUAUAUCCAAAGCCAAGGAAUGGUGCUACAUAUUGUGAAGGCUAAAAUGGAUGAUAUAGCGAGAUACACUUGCGUAGCAUCUAAUGCAGCAGGAAGGGUCAGCAAACACUUUAUUUUAAAUGUCAUGGAACCCCCACAUAUAAAUGGUUCUGAAGUAACAGAAGAACUGUCAGUGGUUGUCAAUACACAUUUAGAUCUUUUAUGCUACACUACUGGUUUUCCACCGCCAUUAAUAACCUGGCUAAAGGAUGGGCAGCCUCUUUCACAGAACGAUAACAUGCAUCUCAUGAAAGCAGGACAAGUGCUUCGUAUAACAAGUGCUCAGGAAGAAAAUGUAGGGCGAUUUGUGUGUCUGGCUUCCAACCAUGCAGGAGACACUAAAAAGGAAUUUCUGGUUAAAGUUCACAUUCCUCCAAAUAUUGCGGGUGUUAGUGGGACUCAGAAUAUCACUGUUUUACAAAAGAAGCAAAUAACAAUGGAAUGCAAAUCUGAUGCCCUACCCCCACCCAGAAUUACAUGGUUAAAGGAUGGUCAGCCAUUGCAGCCAUCUCCCAUGGUGCAUAUUUUAUCUAAUGGACAGUUUGUGCAAAUUGACAACACAGAGGUGACGGACACAGGGAGAUAUACCUGUAUUGCAACCAACAUUGCAGGAAAAACCACCAAAGAAUUUAUUUUGAAUAUCCAAGUUCCUCCAUCAAUACAGGAAGGGCCCAGUUUAGUGACAGCGUUUGUUAAUGAACCCAUUACCCUGGAAUGUAUUAGUUCUGGUGUUCCUCUUCCAAAGACUGCAUGGAGAAAAGAUGGAUCUCUUCUGUCUCAACACAAUGCAAGGUUUCUUGUAUCACAGAAUGGCUCAUUGUAUAUUUCGGCAGUUGAAGUUGCUGACUCGGGGCAGUAUUUCUGUCUUGCUACUAAUGCAGCUGGAUCUAGCCAAAGGCAUAUCGAUCUCUUGGUUUAUGAUCCUCCACGAAUAAAGUCUGAGCCAACUAAUAUUACAGCAAAGAUAAAUAUCCAAACCACUCUGCCAUGUGAAGUCACAGGCACCCCUAAACCCAAAAUCCAGUGGAAGAAGAAUGGACAUCCGAUUAAUACUGAUCUCAACCAGAAUAUGUACCGGCUUCUGUCCUCAGGAUCGCUGGUAAUUAUCUCUCCAUCUGUAGAUGACACAGGAAUAUAUGUUUGCUCUGCUCUCAGUGAUGCUGGUGAUGAUGAAAUAGACAUGUAUCUAUCUGUUCAUGUUCCACCCACCAUUGCUGAUGAAGCUGCAAAUAUCUUUGUAACAAAACUGUCUCCAGCUGUGAUUCCCUGUACAGUUUCUGGGGUUCCAUUCCCAUCAGUUCACUGGCUAAAGGAUUCAAUCCAACUUCCUGCUAUAUCAGAUAGCUACAGAAUUCUGCCUUCAGGGAGCCUAGAAAUCCCCAGCAGUAGGCUGUCUCACGCAGGAAAGUACACCUGCAGGGCUGUCAAUCAGGUGGGCUCUGCACACAUCCAUGUCAACCUUCAUGUCCAAGAGGUUCCUGUCAUAAAGGAGCAGAAUGAUUAUUUAGAAGUAGUCUUGAGCAAUUCUGUUACAUUGGCAUGUGAAGCAUCUGGCACACCUAUACCAACCAUAUCAUGGCAAAAGGAAGGAGUUGGCAUUAAAUCAGGAAGUAGUUAUACUAUCCUUUCCAACGGCAAUCUUAACAUCGCCAGUGCCACACAAGAAGAUGCUGGUACGUACACCUGCAUUGCCCAAAAUCCAGCAGGAACAGCCUUAAAGAAAAUCAGACUGAAAGUUCAUGUUCCACCAGUUAUUGUUCCGCACCAGAAAGAAUAUGUUAUUUCUAUGGAUAAGUCCAUUAUGAUAGUCUGCGAGGCACAUGGAAGUCCAACACCUGAAAUCAUAUGGCAUAAAGAUGGAGUUCCUCUUGCCAAGUUAGCUGGGCAGAGGAUGUCGGCCACUGGAGGACUACAUAUAGCAGUGGUUCAGCCUGAUGAUGCCGGGGAAUACACGUGUACAGCUGAAAACAUUGCAGGGUCUGUCAAUUCAAGCAUGAACCUUUCUGUUCUUGUUCCACCUCGGAUUGUAAAAAACAUCAAAGAUGUCUCUGUGGUGAUAAACGAUCAAACUACCCUGCCUUGUGCUGCACAUGGUAUUCCCACACCGACAAUCACCUGGGCAAAAAACAAUCUGCCUAUCACAGUUAAAGCAGGAAAAUACUCAGUGCUGGCAUCUGGGGAGCUUAUACUGUACAAUGCCCAGCACAAGGAUGUUGGGACUUACACUUGUACUGCGAGCAAUGCUAUUGGAGAAGACACACACACAGUCAGACUCACCGUUCAUUUCCCUCCAUCUUUUACUGAAAUGCCAACAAUUGUAUCUUUAAAUGAAGGAGAGAGGCUUAGUCUGUUAUGCAAAGCAACCGGAAAUCCGCUUCCUCAUACAACCUGGAUCUUUAAGGACAAAAUCUUACCAGUACUGCAAGACAGAAGAUCUAAGCAGCAAAAUGAGCUUGUGAUUGACAAGGUUUCAAGGGAAAAUUCUGGCGCCUAUAUGUGUGUAGCUGAAAAUAUUGUGGCAUCAAUAAAUACAACAAUACAUGUCUUUGUAAAAGAGCCUCCUGUACUUAAUGGAGUCCAUAAUAAACACAGGACUGUUCCUUUGGGUGGAAAUAUUAUUUUGAAUUGUGUUGUAAAAGGCAAUCCAUUCCCUAAAAUUCAGUGGCAUAAGAAGGCAAAAGUCAUUUCCUAUAACAAACAUAUUAAAGAAUUCAGCAACGGCUCUCUUGCAAUCUAUGAUGCAGGGCUUGAAGAUGUUGGUGAUUAUACGUGUAUUGCAGCAAAUGAUGCUGGUGUACUGGAACACACUGUUACGUUAACGCUGCAGAGACCUCCCACCAUUAAAGUUCCCCCACUGGACACUACUGUUGAUGCAGGAGCAACUGUGGCUCUGAAUUGCCAAUCAGAGGGAGAGCCGGUGCCUACAAUCACUUGGUACCGGCGCAAUAACCCUAUCAGCAGCGAGGAUCGAAUCACCAUUCUACCCAAUAACUCUCUGCAGAUUGUUUCAGCUCAGAAAGAGGAUACGUCAGUGUAUGAAUGCAAAGCUACAAAUAUCAUGGGGACAGAUGUUGUUAAAGUUACAUUCACUGUCCAAGUGCAUGGUGGCUUUUCUGAGUGGCUUCCUUGGCAGUCCUGUAGUGUGACUUGUGGUCAAGGAAUCCAACAAAGGAUCCGACUGUGCGACAACCCUCUGCCUGCAAAUGGGGGGAAUUAUUGUCAAGGAGCGGAGACUGAGACAAGAAGUUGUCAGAAUAAGCUGUGUCCAGUUGAUGGAAACUGGUCAGAGUGGAGUACAUGGGAAGAAUGUUCUAGAUCUUGUGGAAGUGGCAAAAGAACAAGAGUCAGAACCUGCAGUGACCCACCAGCCCAGGAAGGAGGGAAGCCGUGCAUUGGAAAAGCAGUAGAUGUUGCUGUGUGUAAUGUUAAACCCUGUCCAGUCCAUGGCAUGUGGGGUCCUUGGCAAUCCUGGGGUGCUUGCACCAAGACUUGUGGAAAAGGGACGAAGAUGCGAGUCAGGCUUUGCAAUAACCCCGCUCCUUCGCCUGAUGGCCUGCCUUGUGAGGGACAAGACACUCAGAUGCAAAUAUGUGGGGACAGGCAAUGCCCAGUGGAUGGAAAGUGGUCAGCAUGGGGUAGCUGGACAUCCUGCAGCUUAUCGUGUGGAGGAGGCCUUCGACAGAGAACUCGUGCAUGUUCCAAUCCAGCCCCACAGUAUGGUGGCCAUAAAUGUGAGGGCAACGAGCAUGAAAAUGAGAUGUGCAAUGCCGAUCUAUGUCCAGUUCAUGGUAAUUGGGGUCCAUGGAGUCACUGGGGAUCCUGCAGUCGCACCUGCAAUGGGGGUCAGAUGAGGCGAUAUCGAGCUUGUGACAACCCUGCUCCGUCACAUAGUGGUAGAGCCUGUACUGGUACCGAUACAGAAACAAAUAAAUGUAACACAGACUUGUGCCCAGCUCAUGGAAAUUGGGGUCAGUGGGAAGCUUGGAGCAAAUGCUCAGUUUCCUGUGGCGGAGGGGAGCAGAUUCGCACACGUGUUUGCCACCAUCCAGCUCGCUCUUACACAGGCCGACCCUGCCCUGGAGACUCCACACAGCUACUAAGAUGUAACGUUCAAGCUUGUCCUGGAGGGCCACAGAGAGUGAAAGGAAAUUUAUUUGGAAGAAUCAAUGACCUUGAUUUUGGAAUGGCUCCCCUGAAUGCUACAAUCACAGAUGACCCUAAUUCAGGAUCCAGGAUUCUCCAAGCUAAGUUCACCAACAUUCCAAAAAGUCUGGGCCCUUCAAUGCGGAAUCUUGUAUCUCUCUUGAAUCCCAUAUACUGGACAACUGCCAAGGAGAUAGGAGAAGCAGUGAAUGGAUUUUCUCUCACUGGUGGUAUAUUUAAAAGAGAAUCCCAAGUCGAGUUUGCAACUGGGGAAAUCUUGAAGAUCACUCAUACUGCUCGUGGAGUAGAAUCUGAUGGAUCGCUUCUGCUGGAUACAGUUGUAAAGGGAAAUGUUCUGCAAUUACAGACUUCAGUUGAUAUUCAUUUAAAGGAUUACACUGAAGAUUAUAUCCAAACAGGUCCUGGGCAGGUCCAUGCCUACUCAACCAGAAUGUUUUCUGUGGAUGGUGUCUAUGUUCCUUACACCUGGAACCACACCAUCAACUAUGAUGCUGGUCAAGGAACAAUGCCUUUCCUGACUGAGACACUGCAAGUGAAUUCUAUUGAAACAGAUUAUAACCCACAAGAAGAAUCUCUUAGCUUCCAGGUCCAUGCAUCUAUCUCUAGAGGUGACUUGAGUAUCCAGUGUCCUUCUGGAUUCAGCCUUGAUUCUACAGGACUCUAUUGUACAGAUGAGGAUGAAUGUGCCUCUAGCAGCCCCUGUUCCCAUUCAUGCCAUAAUAAUAUCGGAAGUUACUACUGCUCCUGCCCAAGAGGCCUGAUGAUAUCAGAUGAUGGAAGAACCUGUCACGAUAUUGAUGAAUGCACAUUGGAAGAUUCAAUCUGUCGCAAAAAUCAGGAGUGUAAAAAUACAGUUGGCUCUUAUAUAUGUGGCGUCAAGUGUGGAGUUGGAUUUAGAGCAGCUGCAAAUGACCUAGUGUGCCAAGAUAUCAAUGAAUGCCUGGAAUCCAACCCAUGCCACCAGCGCUGCCUUAACAGCAUUGGAAGCUAUCACUGUGGGUGUGACACAGGGUAUCAGCUGAAAGGAAGGAGAUGUAUAGAUCUGAAUGAAUGUCGCCAUGGUGUAUGCAGGCAAGACCAGCUUUGCAAAAACACCCGCGGCAGUUACAAGUGCAUUGAUGUGUGUCCAAUUGGUCUGACAAGAGCAGAAAAUGGAACCUGUGUAGAUAUCAAUGAAUGCCAAGAUGGUACCCACUUGUGCAAAAACAAUCAGAUCUGUGAAAAUACCCUUGGUGGCUAUCUUUGCACUUGCCCCAGAGGGUACAAGUCUGAAGGUGCUGGGAGCCCCUGUGUUGAUAUUAAUGAAUGUGAAAAAGGAGAUGUAUGUCAGCAUGAAUGUAGAAAUGUUCUGGGAAGCUACAAGUGCUUGUGUCCUCCUGGCUAUCAGCUCAUGGCCAAUGGAAAAACCUGUCAAGAUAUUGAUGAAUGUCUUGAACAAAACAUUCAGUGUGGGAUGAAUCGAAUGUGUUUCAAUAUGAGAGGAAGCCACCAGUGUAUAGACACACCUUGCCCACCAAACUACAUUCGAGAUACCAUCUCUGGGUACUGUCUAAAGAACUGUGCACCCAAUGACCUGGAGUGUGCCCUGAGCCCUUAUGCUUUGCAGUACAAGCUGGUCUCACUUCCAUUUGGAAUUGCUGCCAAUCAAGAUCUGAUCCGCUUGGUUGCCUACACAGAGGAUGGGAUUUUACAUCCAAGAACAACAUUUCUGAUAACAGAUGACUAUGCCUCCUUGCCCUUUUCAAUCAGGGAGGAGAACAUGAAGGGAGUUGUAUUCACCAACAGGCCCCUUCAGAAGCCAGAGACGUACAGAAUGAAAGUAAAAGCCCUAUCUUACAGCAUUGACAGGACCAUUGAAUACCAGACUGCUUUCAUUGUUUAUAUUGCCGUGUCCCCAUAUCCAUAUUAAGGCAUUGUGUGUAAACUCCAUGUUGUACUCUUCAUUUUCCUCUCACUUAAUACUUGAACAAUUCCACUGAUUUAUUGUUUAUUACCACUUAUGAGAACGAUGAAGAACGAUGGCUUUAAAGAAAUAAAAUGUAACAGUCACAGUUGAAAUUGCUUAGUCUAUGCUGCUGCCAUCAUUAGAUUCUGAGAAUACGGUUAUCAUUGAAAAGUCACAAUGUGUAAAUUUCAGUGUGUAAAGAAGGCAACCUUUUAGAUCCAUGUGAAGAUAUGAUGUUGAAUAAAAUACUUCUUUAUUUAAUAA